AUGUCCAAUCCAAAUGACCGCUUCCCUGCCCUUUCUGGUCUGGCAUCUCGGUAUCAGUCGAGCUUUGACCAGAAAAAUACUUACUUGUCUGGACUGUGGGAACUGACGUUGGCUCACGAUCUUUCAUGGCGGGUUGCCAAGUUCGUUCCUCAGAAAGCAGUCGAUUCGAGCCAAACUUUUCCCUCUUGGUCUUGGGCCUCCUUGCCACUUUGUCACGGCAUUGAGUAUGAGGCAGAAGUCCAGACUCUUGGGGGUCUCGAGUUUGUAAGCAGUUGGAGUUACGAUACCUCUGAAACAGUUUCCGAUGACGACAUCUACAAAGGUUCGCGAAUUGCUGGGCUCCGGGUGAGGGCAAGGUUGAGGCCGUUUUGGCAUCAAGAGGCCAGCCUAUGUCCAUGGGAUUCUAUUGUUGAGCAAAACUCUAGUGGCCAACGAGAUAGAUCUUCUACGAACCCUCUAUUCAACUUUUGGGUCGUACCAGAGCUGCCCGUGUAUUCUGCGGAUGCCCAUACCGGCUUCAUAGUGGCCUAUGAAGCGAGGAAGCAGGAAAUCGUUGGGCAGCUGGACUACAUAUCUUCGGUUUACCGAGUUCUACAGGGAUCUUUAACAGUCUUCGCCUUGGAACUUACUGAAACGGCCUUUCUUCUCGUGGAAAUGGUUCAAGAUUCGCGCCUCCGACGCGUCGGUAUAGCGCGAGAUUACCGGACUGGAUUCUUUGAUGGUGUGACCAUGUCAGAUUUUGAACUAGUUUAA